AUGCUUGCUUGCAUUGCAUUACAUGCUCCUCUCAUUGCCGUGAAUUCUUCCUUUGCCCUACCAUUUUUACAAAACAGCUCAUUGCUUAAAUACCUUCACAUUUCUGUAUUUCUUUCAAAGGAAUCAUCUGAAACAAUUAAUGAAGAAUUUGCCAGCAAAACUGCAAUUUCAAGAAGAGAACACAGAACGGGUUUCAAUAUGACGAGUUGGAUUCAUGAUUCAAACUAUAGAACAGAGCGAGUAGUUGGAGUUGCAGCAGCUGCAUAUGUUGUUAACUCGAUUGAAGAACAGAGCAUUCGUGGCCAGAAAAAUACCAGCACACAUCUUGAAUCCUCUUUGAUCAAGGACAAGAGCAGAAAGGGAGAUGCAACGUCUUCAACCUCAAAACUCAGCACCCUAUCCAAACAAUUUUUAGGUCAAGGUUCAAAGAAAAUUCCAGAAAGAGCAGACAGCAAAGUGCCAGAAAUCAAUGCUGCAUAUGAAAAGGAACGUAGACGUGUGUCAUCAUUUAAAAAACCUCUUAGUUUUUCCGAUCAAAUGGGCAGCUCUAGCCGCACACAACCCGGAACUUCCUCGAAACCUGAUACACUUUACAGUCAACCAGAUAGUGCAGCACCAAAACCCAAAAGGGCAGCGCCAAAGUCAGAUCAUCAUGUUGUGAAAAAAGGAACUCAAGUGACAGAAGCUGAAAGACAAAGUGCAGCAUAUGCAGGGUCAGAUCAGGCAAAAGCUGAUGCUUGGGAGAAGGCUGAUAUGGCUAAGAUCAAAAAACGGUAUGCGAAGUUAGAUGAAAAUAUAGUGGCCUGGGAGGAAAAGAAAAAGAAGAAAGCCAGAAGCAAGUUGGAAAAUGCAGAGAAGAGUGAGUCGGAGAAAAAGAGAGCAAAAGCCUUAAAAAAAUUUAGAAAUGAAAUGGACUACAUCAAACAAGUUGCAGAUGGAGCAAGAGCAGAGGCAAAGGCAAGGCAAAGAAAUGAUGAGCUUAAAGCAAAGGAAAAAGCGAAUAUAAUUAGAACAACAGGAGAACUUCCAGUGACAUGCUUCUGCUGUUGAAUUUAACUAAUAAUGUAGUGUCAUGAGUUUAAAAUUACAUAUGUGAAGAUCAUUUACACAGUGCUUUGACUAACUAAAGGAUGCCAAUCACAA